GAGAGAUUUCCAAGAUGUCGCCGACCCGGUGGAAGAGGUGUCGACUUAAAGGGCUAGCAUCUUCCUUUUAACAUGUAAACCCGACCAUGUCGGGAAAUACAUCGCUAGAGAGAUGCUUCAAAGAGGCAGAGGAGACGGGAAGGCUCAAUUUGAGUCAGAAGAACCUUCGCGAUUUCCCAGAUCCGACAGACGAUUGCGAGUUAAUCGAUGUAAUCGAAAUAGACUUGUCAAGAAAUAAACUGUCCGAAUUCCCUGCAGAGCUGUGCGAUUUUGUUAUGAUCGAAAGAGUGGAUUUAUAUCACAAUACCAUAAGGGGAGUUCCAGAAUCGCAAAUGAGUGAACUGAAAUUUCUUCGCGUCCUAAACUUGAGACGAAACCAGAUCACCACUUUCCCCUCAGAGCUCUGCUCCUUGCCUCUGCAAGCCCUGAACUUAAGUAACAACAAGCUCACUUCUUUGCCUGUUGAAAUUGGACACCUAACUUUGUUACAAGAUUUGGAUUUAAGUUCAAAUGAAUUGGUGCACCUACCCAGUAGCAUGGGAGAAAUGAUAUCCCUGAAGGAUUUAAACAUUCGAAGGAAUCGUUUAGAAGUUUUACCAGAUGAACUUAGUAAAUUAAAAUUGGUUAGACUAGAUUUUUCAUAUAACAAAGUGUCGGUGAUUCCUCCUGCGUACCGGCUUAUCACAAGUUUAUCUGUGCUGGAGCUUGCACACAAUCCUUUGACGUCGCCCCCAGCCCAGGUUUGCACAAAAGGGAAGUUACAUAUUUUCAAGUAUCUCAGUGCAACAGCUCAUGAGCAAGAAAAGAGAAGAACAUUUGACAGAGAUGUUGUUCGAAAAUACUCUUUUCCACGAUCAUCAAGUGAGGAUGCGCCUGAAAACCAUCUAAUGAUUGACCGAGUAAGAAGAACACACUCCUUAGAUUUAGCAAGAAAUGCAGCUGCAAGAGAGUCUUAUGAAAAGGAGGUUUAUCGACCAAGCUCCUUACGAGAUAGAGAGAGAACAAGGCCCCCAUUCUCUAAUGUGUUUGAAACAGAAGAGAAGAGAAGGGAGAUUCAGAAAGAGAUAGAAAGAGCCCAACAGCUGCUGGCAGAUGCCCAUGAUGUGGAAGAUGGUGAAAUACAGUCGAAACCAGAUGAGGAGUAUGACGAAGGAGAAGAGAUUCUGAAGGAAUUCUUACAAAUUGAAGCUGAGCAACGGAGAAAGAAGGAAGAAGAGGAACGGCAAAUCGAGGAACGAAGAAGUGCUGCAAGGAAGUUGCAGACACAACAUGAAGAAAUACAACAACAGCGACAGGCAGAGGUCAGAAGGAAAAUGGAAUCCAAGAAUGCAACUCCUGACCAAAAAAAACUCUCCUCUUCAUUUGGUGGCAGAGAUAGUGUGAAACCUCCAGUUCCCAAUCGUCCAACUUACAAAGUCUUGACUCGUACAGGCUCAGCAAAAGAAGCAAGUACCCCUCCAAUGGAAUCGCCUGAUGUUGCAUGGAACAGACAGGAAGAAGAGCUCAGAGCACGCAAAAGAGAGCAGCUCAUGCAACAGAGUAGAAGAGAAGCUCAACUUUCUAGGUUGAGAUUUGAAGAAGAACGGAUGAAGCGUUCUUCCCUUUCAAGAGAUGGCUCAAGUAAAUCGAGAUUUAGUGGCAAAACCAGUGCUGCAACUGUUUCUUUUAAUGGCAGUGAAGCACCCUCCCAAACUGAUGGCGGUUUGCAAGACAGGGAGACUUGGGAAGAAUUGGUAUACUCGAAUAUUCAGACAAGACAGAAAGCGCCACAGGUCCGAUCUUUACCAGCGACUUUCAGAGACCAAAACAAUCCGAAUUUUACUAUAAAACGAAUGUACGACAGUGCUCGAGAGGAAUUUGAACAACUGGAAAGACUUAGAGAGGGUAUCGAGAGCCGCCUCAAGGUGGCUUUACCGGAUGAUCUGCCUGCAUCAUUGGCCGACGGAGUUGUUCUGUGCCAUCUCAUAAAUCACAUAAAGAAAGGGCUGAUCCCCAGUAUCCAUAUUCCUUCGGCAGGAGUGCCCAAACUUACCAUGCCAAAAUGUCAGAAAAAUGUGGAUUAUUUUCUAGAAGCGUGCAGAAAGCUUGGAGUCGACAAGGAUAAACUAUGUACACCAUCCGAUAUCCUCGAGGAGAAGAGUCCGCUACGUGUUUGUCAGACGGUAGAAUCUUUAUUGGAACACGCUGAUGGAGGAAUUUAACAACACCGACCCAGUCAAACAAGAAUUUGGGUGAUUUGAAAUGUUGAUGAUUGAAUUUCAGAGCUGCUCCAGCCGUUUCUCAAUCCAAUGCAGUAACAAUAUUUAAAGGAAAGAAGAAAAACUUCUGAUGUGUUGGUGUACUAAAAGUUACUUUGGAAAGACAUAUAUCACUAAAACUUGUACAGGGAAUUUACCGAUGGUAGUUUGUAGGCUUUGAACUAAACGAAGCAAUCAGAUUGGAUCGUCUUUGUGACGUAAACUUUAUGUCAAAAUGAACUAUUGAGAGUUCCCUUUUUUUCUUUUGUUUUUUUUUGUUUUUUUUUGGGGGGGGUGGGGGUUCUCCAGUAAUAUACGCCCCUGAAUUGUAUUCCCGCUCAAGAUUCUUGGAGUAUCCAUUUUUCAUAUUUCUUAAAGACUCUCGAUAAUUCAGGUUAGCCUUUGUGUAUAAAUAACACUACACGUGUAUGAAAUUAUGGAAUAACCAGUUGAUUCGAAUCAAACUCGGUCUCUCUUUCCUUUAAAGGCAUUUUACGGAACAUGUUUUGCGCGUCUUCAUUGCGUAUAGUAUAACUCGUACAUGGCGCGCACUCUUGGCGGUUUUCCGUUCUCUAUCCUUUUUUUUCAACGAGUAAUCACGUGUCUUGUCAUUGUUAGUCUUAUAUUGAAUCGAACAGUGACAUUCCUUUUGUAAAUCGGUAUAAAUCAUAUCAAAUAAUCAUUACGACGGAAUCUUGCAUUAUCCUUGGAAAUGUGUAAACCACCCUCUCUCCUUUAAAAUUCCCUCCCCCUUUUUAUAAUUUAAAAUUUUAAGUUUCUUUUGAGUAAGAAAACCAAUGUGCAAAGUCUGACAAAGUCUCCCCAAGGUUCUUUAUCCAAAGAAUGAAAUACAAGAUGACUGCCAAGAAUUCUUUUAUGUAUUUUUGCUUUUUUUAAUUCCCUUGGAGGCAGUGCAUCAAAUCGAAGUGGGGAGGAAAGUAAUCAGAUUUAUAAAUGACGUUUAGACCGCUUUGAAAACGCUACUAGUUAGUGGUGUAGCAUUAUUUUGGACUCGACGUAAUAAAACAUUUUUGGCCAUUUAACUAAUUGUUGUAAAAAUAGAGUAAUAAUUUUUUAGAAAACAAGUAACAACACCAACAUAAAAGCGUAGUUUGAGGUACCAUGUUUUCCUGAAUGGUGAAAGGGCCAAGUCACCUGCAGUUUAUUUUGAAUGUAAAGGCACUCAUUUUGAAUUUUGUUUCUUUUGCCCAAUCUGCAUUGAGGAGGAUAUGGUAACAGGAUAAGUAAAUGUAAAGCUGAAAAUUCAUCUUCUUUAUGAGAUUAACUACAGAAUAAAUCACAGAAUCAUUA